UUUUUUGGUUACUACAUAGUUUUGAUGUCUUCAAUCCUACAAUGUAGAAAAUUGUAAAAAAUUAAGAAAAACCUUUGAAUUAGUAGGCGUGUCCACACUUAACUGGUACUGUGCAUGCACAGUGAGAUAUACAAACCGCGUGCGCACACACUUCCAAAGCUCACUGGCACUCCAGUUCUCCAGUGAACUAAAGCUGUUUUCUCCGCUGGGAAGUGGAAUCGAAACUUCAGCGUAUGAGCCACGAACUCACGGAGAAACAAUCAAACUAUUGUUGUAACUCAACUCCAGCACGACAGCUCCACUCUUUAUAUCCUACACCAUCUGCGGAUAAAUCAAGACCAUAACAGAACAUUAAUGCUUGAUAAAGACGAGGCUUACUGACAGGAUGACAGAAGUGAUAAACACCUGUGAUUCGACGGUGGGAGACUUCAGCAUCGGAGGCACCUCAGGAGAAGAGGGUAUAUCCUCCCAGAUCUUUCCGGACUCCCGCGAACGGUUCCCCAAGCUGUCCAAACUGCUUCCCUCCAUCGUGGUGGAGCCCACUGAGAGCGGGGAAGUGGAGAGUGGCGAGCUCCGUUGGCCCCCCGAUGACCUUAGUUACCCUGAUGAAGACCCCGGAGAGGCCCAGGCAGCAGGCGAGGAUAAUCCAGCAGCGGUACAGCAAUGAUGGGAGGAGUUUAAAACGGACUCUCACAGUGCUGGCACCAUUCCAGCCACACACUGUGAGUGACUCCAUGAUGGACAGAAGCAAGGAGGAGGGUGUUCAGGCUAAGCCCGUAAUCAACUAGAAGCGCCAACCUGUUGGUAGACCUCCACAACACUUGGUGGGGCUGAGCCCUGUCUUAAAUUGCUCAUAGGUGCCAAACACCAGUGAGUAGCUUGUUACUGUAGAUUCAUGUGUUGCUUGUUUUACUUUUUUAGGGUUCACAAACAACAUGUUUAUGUACACCCCAUUCAGAGUUUGUUUAGCUGUGAUCUUUAGAUACAGUAUACAAAAUAAAGAUAUGAACAGUUCUGUGUAUAUAAUUUUUAUGUAUCUGGCUGCCUUAGACCAAAGUCUAUGACACAGUACUCGUAUGAAAACUAUAUGUACUGUACACUGUAGAUCAGGGGUUGGAACUGGUCAGAACAGACAAUUGGAAAAUAACAUCAUUUUUCAAGGGAACUGAAACAACCAUGAACAAAAGUGAUCUCUAGUGUCCUGGAACAGAACCAUUAUUUUCAAAUCUUGAGAACCGGUAAAUAAUCAUAUUUUUUUGUUACAAAAAUGUUUCUUAUGUCGAGCAUAUACGUUACCGUUAAAACGUUUUAGAACACCUACUCAUUCAAGGGUAUAUAUAUAUAUUUUUUUUUACAAUUUUCUACAUUGUAAAAUAAUAGUUUAGACAUCAAAACUAUGAAAUAACACAUAUGGAAUCAUAUAGUAACCAAAAAAUUGUUUAACAAAUCAAAAUGUAUUUUAUAUUUGAGAUUCUUCAAAUAGCCACCCUUUCCCUUGAUGACAGCUUUGCACACUCUUGGCAUUCUCUCAACCAGCUUCAUGAGGUAGUCACCUGGAAUGCAUUUCAAUCAACAGGUGUGCCUUCUUAAAAGUUCAUUUGUGUUAUUUCUUUCCUUCUUAAUGCGUUUGAGCCAAUCAGUUGUGUUGUGACAAGGUGGGGGGGUAUACAGAAGCCCUAUUUGGUAAAAGACCAUAUUAUGGCAAGAACAGCUCAAAUAAUCAGAGAAAUGACAGUCCAUCAAUACUUCAAUACAUGAAGGUCAGUCAAUGUCACGACUUCCGCCGAAGUUGGCCCUUCUUGUUCGGGUGGUGUUCGGCGGUGACGUCACCGGCUUUCUAGUCACUACCAAUCCAUUUUUCUGUUUUGUCUGAUUACACACACACCUGUUUUACAUUCCAUAUUUAACCAUCUGACAUACAUUUCUGUUCUGUCUGUGAUUGAUUGUUCAUGCCGUUAGUAGUUGUGUUUGUGUUCCUAUUUGGAAUUUUACUUUAUUCUUUGAGUAAACUCAGUUGGAUUACUCUAUACUUGUGUCCUGCGCCUGACUCCGCUUUCACUCUGCACCCAAUCGCUGACAGUCAAUAUGAAACAUUUCAAGAACUUUGAAAGAUUCUUCAAGUGCAGUUGCAAAAACCAUCAAGUGCUAUGAUGAAACUGGCCCUCAUGAGGACCGCCACAGGAAUGGAAACCCCUGAGUUACCUCUGCUGCAGAGGACAAGUUCAUUAGUUACCAGCCUCAGCCCAAAUAAAUGCUUCACGGAGUUCAAGUAACAGACACAUCUCAACAUCAACUGUUCAGAGGAAACCGUGUGAAUCAUUGUCAAAUUUCUGCAAAGAACUACUACUAAAGGACACCAAUAAGAAGAAGAUACAUGCUUGGGCCAAGAAACACAAACAAAGGACAUUAGACUGGUGGAAAUGUGUCUUUUGAUCUGGAGUCCAAAUCUGAGAUUUUUGGUUACAACUGCCGUGUCUUUGUGAGAUGCGGUACUAUACUUUGUUUUUCAACAAGACAAUGACCCAACACACCUCCAGGCUGUGCAAGGGCUAUUUUUACCAAGAAGGAGAGUGAUGGAGUGCUGCAUCAGAUGACCUGGUCUCCACAAUCCCCUGACCUCAGCCAAAUUGAGAUGGUUUGGGAUGAGUCGGACCGCAGAGGGAAGGAAAAGCAGCCAACAAGUGCUCAGCAUGUGUGGGAACUCCUUCAAGACUGUUGGAAAAGCAUUCCAGGUGAAGGUGGUUGAGAGAAUGCCAACAGAGUGCAAAGCUGUCAUCAAGGUGGCUAUUUGAAGGAUCUCAAAUAUAAAAUAUAUUUCAUAUAUUCUUCUUUGGUUACUACAUGAUUCCAUAUGUGUUAUUUUAUAGUUUUGAAGUCUUCAUUAUUAUUCUACAAUGUAUAGAAUAAGAAAAAACUCAAUGAGUAGGUGUUCUAAAACUGUUGACCGGUAUUACUGUAGUAAUAGCCUAAACACACUCCAAUUAACAUCAUGUCAUAAGGUUUAGCGCUUCACACCAUGCACCCUCCAUGUCCACCGCUCUUUCCCCACCUGUGAAAUCUCAGACACAACAUCUCUGAUCAAUUAAACAUGUAUAAACAAGUAGCUUACCCAUUCCAAAGCAAGCUGCUCUAUCCGUGCUGAUUGGCGGGGUAGAAUAAUGAGCUAAAUGUAAAAACUAUGUUGAUUUCACAGGUUCAAAAAAUUGUACGAAAGGGAAUUAUAUGAACCGUUACUUUUCGGGGAUUCUAACCGAUUCAGAACCUUAUAAUGCUGGUUAGAACACUGGAAUGGAACAAGAAAAAUAUGGUUUCUGUUCAGAACAAUUGGAAAAUCAUUUUGGUUCUAACCCCUGUUGAAGAUAAACAGUUUUAUACAGUGAGUUUGGGAGAGGAGAAUUCAUCAUGAGGAACAUGGCUAUCUUAUAUUAAACUGUAUAGCUGUCAAUUACGGCUUUUGCUCAUAUGCAUGUUAUUAUCUAUAAGCACUUAUUACAAUGUUUAUCUUCUUCUUUCAAACCAUAGGCUUUGAAGCAUCAUCGUAGUUAAUAUUUUACAUAGUCCUUGAUUGAAAAGACGUGUUAACUGAAAAAACAUAACUUUCAGGUUUUUCUAAUUUGUCUUUCAUCUAUUGCCCAAUUUCAAUUCAUGUCUGGGUUUGUUUUUAUUCAUUAAACUUUUGAUAGUU